AUGACCAUGACUUCGACAAUGGAAUGGGAAGCUCCAAUCCCCGCCUGGAUUGAUUCCAUCAACAUUGACAUCGAUAUUGACGAGAUACCGGUGCCCGACUUAAUGGUAUCGAUUCCCGACAACAUGGAUGACAUUCCGCUACCCUGCACUCCCAAAGUGCAAAGCUUCUUCACCUGCUCGACCGAGUUGCACUCUCCACUCGGCCCGUUCAUUGAUAACGUGAUGAUGCUUGAAACUGAAUCCCGUGUCGAAACAAAAUGUUCGAUUGCACCAAGUCUUAGCCCCGUCAAAAGUAAGCCCAUUGCCAAGCCAGCCCGUCGAACAAAUUGGAAGGUCAGCGUGGGCCCUUCUGGUCGCGACCAGCGACGUAAAGACAAGCAACGUGGCUAUGAGACAAACUACCGUAAACGCCAGAAAGCCAAACGCGAAAGGGAUCAAGCUGAAUGGGUUCAGCUCGAGACACAGCUUCGCAAGAUGCUGGUCAAGCGUACGACGUAUACGUUCGCAAGAUCAACGGAUAACCUGGAGACAACAACUUCGACAGAAAUGAUGCGACUGCGAUACGUGGAGCUACUGCAUGAAGAGCGAGCGCUAAGAGAAUCCGAAGCGCUUGACAACUGUGUGUGGGCUGAAACCCGAGCAAUGACAUUUUGGGGAGGUGCCAAUAGUAAAACACGAGAUAUUCGCGAGCAGAUGAACACUCUCCCAAGUUUACGGGGUUGUCACACGUUUGAGUUUACGUGGUGA